GGGAACCAGUGUAUAUAAAGUGGAAGGUUUGUGUCACUUUUCCCAGCAAUUCUUUCACCAGCUCUCUUGUCAAAAUGAAGCUCUCUAUUGUGAUUGUCGUUCUUUUUGGAGUCUGCCUAAGUCAAUCUCUUGCUACUGAUAAUGUGAGUGAAAACAAUCAAGGUAACAUUGGUGGAAGUUCACACCAGACUGUGAGCAUCAACAAUGAUAAGCACGUGGCCAACAUUGACUCAAACAAUGGCUGGAACUCAUGGAACUCUGUUUUGGACUACAAAACUGGCUUUAUGGCAACCAGGGUAUUUUCCAAGAAAUCUUGCAUCAUUGCUAAAAUGAACAAAAAUGUCAUGCCUGACAUUGUAGAAAUUCCCAAACUGCUUGAAGAAAGGAAGAAGACUGUAGCUCAAGGGCCUCCUCCGAAGGAACUGAGAUACGCUGUCUCAAAGACCAGAGUCCCUGACCUGACCCCUUACGGGAAGAACAUCGAAGCUUUGUGCAAAGGACUUCCUACCUACGUGGCUCAUGAAGUUCAGAGACCAAAAGGAGCAAACUUCUUCUAUUCUGGAAGUUGUAUUGAUGCUAGCAUCCUGUGGGUUAUUAACAUUGGCUUCUGUGGUGAAGCUGAAUUCAAGUAAUAAAUUCUUCACUGCUUGGAACUGAUCUGACAACGUGCCCACCAACUGGAUACAACCAGAUGUAUCAUUCUUCUUGUCAUACUGCAUUUUCCAGAUGUUUUGUCUUAGCUUUCUUUUUAUGCCUGGUGCGUAGAAAAACCUAGGCUGUUACAGUAUCUGUCAAUUAAAUACAGUUAGCAUUAGAAUCA